CGCCAUGAUUGUUUUUAGACUAAAGUAGUCCGUCCGUUGUGCAGUAAGUUUGUUUACUGGACGGCCUGAAGACGAAGUUUGCUUUUAUACGUGUUAUUUUUUUUGGAAGAGAGCAAGAUAUCUGAACAUGGAGUCUCGAUUUGCUCACCUGCGACAGCGGGACACAAGUGUGUCGAUGCUGAGGGUAAAAAUGUCACGAAGGAGGUCUCAGUCCCAGAAGGAGAACCGAGAUCGGGCCAUGAACACACGCAGGCAGCUAGACAAGCUCCCGGAGCUGGAAAUGUCUUCCCUGGAUGCCUCCAUUGCGAUGGCCAACAUGUCAACCAUUCACGAGAAGACGAUGAACAAUACAAAACUUGCUAAAAAUGUGGCUGUUGAAGAGAGGCUGAAACAGCUUGAGCGCUGGAAAGAGCGUAAGGCUCUUGAGAAGGAGAAGGAUAAGAGAGAAAAGGAGCGUAAAGGGGUUUUUAAGACUGGCGUGUAUCAUCCAAAGGACACCCUUAUUGUUGUCUCUCUGCCUGCAGUCCCAGCUGCCUCAACCAGAGCUAAGGAGACAAAACUGAACGCUGCUCCAUCCCAGAGUACCAGAGUCACUCGUUCGAUGAAACAACCGCAGCAAGUGCAGAAGCCUCUGAAGAUGCAGGAUCCAAACACUGCGGCCACAAAAGCUCAACCUCCUGUGGAAAGAUCAACCAGGAGCCGAGUAGCUCCCGUCAAGCCUGAACCAGCUAAGACCAAGACCAAAGUUUGUACAGUGGAGCCUGUCGUACGGGCUUUGUCAACCAGAUCAGCCAACAGGCCUCCUGUUACAGAAGCUGCUACAGUGAAAGACAAACCUAAGGACAAAUCUGCAGAUGUAAGAACCACAAGGAGCAGAGCAUUUGUCAACACUGUGGCCCCCCCUUCUGAUGGAGAAAGGAACUGUAAAGAAACUGUCAUCGUCCAGCCUGCUGUGCCUAAGGAGCCUGAGCUGAAGGAGCCGGAGGAAAGACCUCAUCUCCCCAGCCCGACACCCUGUUCUGAGGAGGAAGACAUGGUGGUGGACCAAGCUCCGGCUGACCCAAUCCCUGCUGUGGAUCCUGUGAAAGCACCAUCUUCUUUUGCUCCCAAGGAUUUCAUCUUCCAGGCUCCCACUGGCUUGUCAUCCUUCAAGUUCGAGCCUCUCACUCCUCGCUCAGCAGACGCCUUCCUUACACCAAGCCCCAGCUUCAGCCUUCCACCAGCUCCUGUGUUCAACAUUGAGCCCCAGGCUGAGCCAAGCAAACAAUCUCCCCCUAAAUCUCCGCGUCGUACAUCUCCCACAGUGGCCCCUCUGACAGGCAGUCCCCUGGAAUCAAAGCAUGAUGUACCAUACUUCAGAUCAGAAAUUGCGAAUGAGACAGACAAACUGACGACUCUGUGUGUCCACUGGGAGCCUAAAGUGGAAGAUGACUCCAUCCCAGAAGAGAUGAGAGACCGCAUGCGCACAGCAGUCGGACAAGCGAGGCUGUUGAUAAAAGAGCGCUUUAACCAGUUCAGUGGUCUGGUGGACGACUGCGAGCUGGGCCGAGGGGAGAAGAUCACCACCUGCACUGACCUGCAGGGAUUCUGGGACAUGGUUUAUUACCAGGUCGAGGAUGUCCUCAGGAAGUUUAACGCUCUCAAGGAAGCAGAGAGCCGAGGCUGGGUAGAGGAGCACAAGCCUGCACCGCGCCAGAAGAAACUGGUGAAGAAACCAACAGCUGCACCCGCUAAGCCCACAGGAACCAAAGCAGCAGCAAAGUCUCGCCUGGCUGCCGUGAAAGCAGCAAUGAAAGCCAGACAGCAGGCGGCUGAGGCCGAAAAAGCAGCACAGGGUGCUGGUAACGAUGAGGACGAACCCAGCCCGCACUCUCAGGAACCACAACCCCAAGCAGAGCCUCAACCGACCGAGUCUGUGGUCUUUGAUGGAGGUUUCUUCCAGGUGGAGAGCCCAGCCAAACUAUCAGGUGCAGUGAGGAGAUCCAGCCGUCUCAGCGCCGCCGUGCUGCCUCAGGCCUCUCCCUGCGCCAACUACCUCUCACCCAGAAGAGUCACUCGACGAUCCCUUGCGCUGGCACAGACCCCCGUUCACGCCACUGCCUCUCCUGCCCAACUCCGUCUUACCCUCAGCCAAACCCCAGCGCAAGCACCAAAGUCUCUGCGUGGAACUCCUCAGUCAUCCCAGGCCAGCACGGACACUGUGAAUGUCUCUCUUUGUUUCUCACCUGUCAAGGAAGUGCUUUCAGAGGAUUCCCAGGUUGAGGGAAGCCCUGCACGCCAGUCAGAAACAGUCGCCACACAAGAAAACACUGCUCCUGAAUUGAGGACAGCCACACCUGUACAUUCACUUCCAUCCAUUUCUGUAGUCGAGGAGCAAGACGAACCAGCAGUCGAUGACCUACCUCUGUCUCCAAGACUUUCCCUCUCUCCCUGCAAAACACCUCUUCCUGUCUCCCAGGUCCCUGAGCCCUCAUCAUGUCUGAGUUUCACACUGUCACCCUGUGUGACUCCCAGCCGGCCUCCCAUCUCCUGUCCUUCCGCUGUGCAGGGCCCUCUGGAACCCCAAGAGUCUGUGUGUAACACACCAGACAGCUCGGUUGUUGAGGAAAUUCCUGGAUUGGACUUUGAGCGCUACCUCCAGCCGUCACAGAGAUGCAGCCUGUCACCGAGGGAGACUGUUGCCGUAGAGACACUCUCACCCAUGGCAGUGGAUGUAGAAAUGGAGAGUCCCAUAGGUCAAUCUGAGGACCUGCUUACUCGGCAAGAAGCAGUCACACCACUGCCAGCGGUGUCUUCAAUGUUAGCUCUUCGGUCACCACAGGCCCAGGCAGCAGAGUCCGCUCUCCUUCUCUUCACCCCGGACCUGAAGGACCGGAUACGCCAGUCUGUCUGCCCGAGUGACCUUAUGGUCUUCACACCACCUCUCUAAUGUGUAGAUUUUAGAUGAAGAGAUUUUCUUUUUAAAUGUUCAAUUUUUACUUCUUUACUACUUUUGUUACUUUCAUUGAAAGAAAAAAAAAUGAGUGAUUCUGACUUUUUUUAGAUAAAAUGAGAAAUAGUUUUGUGUUACAACACAGUCUAAUUAAAGUUCUACUUACAACAAGGAAA